AUGGCCGGUCAUGGCUGUUUCAUUUCCUACCUGAUCAUUCUCCACUGUUGUUCUCCUGCACUGGGUAGCGUUUCUAACGCAGAGUUAUCGUCCUUUAUUACUGGGAUAUGGAACGACGACCCCAAUGCGGCUUCCUACUCUGACGUCACAUACAACCUCCAAUCACAUACGUCAACUUCCUCAUCUGCUGACCAUGCCCAUGACAGGUUGUUCCAGUAUGUAAAUGAGAACCAUCUCUUCACAAAACCAACCUACUCUGCUUUCAUUGACUUGCUAGAUAACUUCGAUAGAAACACAGCUCACUCGGAGCACACAAUAUCGACGGAAACUACCGAGAUCGACCGAUUCAUAACGGAAGUGAUGAAGACAACAGUCAUGACAGAAACUUAUCGAUUUCUGCACGGAGAAGGUUACACCUCAUCAACGACGGAUUUCCGCGACAUACUAAAGAGUGUUUGGUUCACACAGUACUCACGUGCAGGAACUUCCAUGGGAAGUAACGGUUUCGAGCACGUGUUUGUCGGAGAGACCACUAGCACAGGAGUUUCUGGUUUCCAUAACUGGAUUCAGUUUUACCUGGAGGAGAAAAGAGGUCACAUCAAUUAUCUUGGCUACAUCUACUCUAAAGAGCCGCGGAAAUUGGGCGUCCAUUUUACCUGGUUUGAUAAACCCAAACCACUGACCACGCUUUUAGUUGGAACCAGUCCGGAGUUUGACCUAGCUGUUCUCACCACCUGUUUCCUUGUCCGAAAGAACACCAAUUGCAACUUCAAUAUGGCGGGACACGAUCUGACGGUGAAAUCCUAUGACGUCAGCUAUGUCCAUGGCAACCAAGUAGCUACUGCCUAUUUUAAUUAA